GGAAUUAAAAUCCAAAAAAGAAAUAUUGACGACAACUUUCCGAAAGCAUUUAAAAAAAACAGGAUUCUACUCGUUCUGGCGCAGGUGGUGAAGACAUAUAUAAACCAACUUGGUUUGCUUACGAAAUGAUGGAGUCUUUUUUACUACCAGUAUAUACUUGCAUUGAUGGAAUAAAUACCGAAACUCAAUCACAACAAAAUGUACAUGAAGAAACGGAAGAGACAGAGGAUGACCAUACCGAUACGGUCACUACACCAUCCCGACCAUCGACAUCUACUAAUAAACGUCGUCGCCCUGUUACUGAAAUGGCCACAGCAUUCGAGAAACUUACAAAUGAUAUAAGACAAAGGCGAAGUGAAUGUAGACCAGCUCACGAAGACGAUGAUUGCAAUUUAUACGCAAAGCUAUCAGCUAUAAAGCUACGCGAACUGCCAAAUGAUGAACGAAAACUUAUUAUGUACCAAAUAGACGGGUUGUUUAUAAGCAGAAUCAACCAAAGGUCAUACGCACGUCAUACACCAUCCCCUCAAUAUUAUUCUAGACCUUCAUCAAUGGCCACCACAUAUGCACAACAUACGCCAUCUACUCAAUUCCAAGACAUUCCGAGUCGGCCAACAUCAGUUAAUACCGUUUAUUCUGAACCUAUCCCAAACACUCAAAGAUUUUUUCCAUUCACGCAAACCUCUUAUUCAGAGCCCUUCUCAAACAUAAUAAUUGAACAUCGAUCACGUCCAACUGCUCCAUCUCCUUCAGAAGGGACCACGGUUGGCCGCGUGGGUCAGAGUGUCGUGCUACUGAUCAGCCGGCCGGCCGGGCCGCGAGUUCGAAUCUCGCCUUCGCCAUGGAUGUUGUGUGUUUGUUUUAGGCAGCAGCGGUGGCCGCAGUAG